AUGAUCGGCAGACUUGGUGCCCGCGGUAGUCUGUUGACCGCGGCUUUUCGCGCAGUCCCGCGCGCAUUUCCUCGGACGGCCUUCGCGACUUCGAUUCAGCACGCCGCAUUUCGCAGCGUCACGCCCACGCCGAAGCGCAAUCGACCAUCUAAGGGAUCAAGACAUACUUCCGCCACUCGGACUCCUUUUGUACAUGAUUUCCACCGCAAAAGACCUCUGACUUUACUUCAAAAGCGACAAGAGAAGUUCCGAGGGCUCGACCAGCACGUUAAGCAAGAUCAACGACGCAUCAGCCCCGAUACCCGCAUCCUCCACACCCAUCGAGCUGGGAAAGUAGAAUACGUCCUUUGCAAACCAUCGCUAUUGAAGCUAGAAGAAGAGCGACGACCGCCUUUCGCCCUAGCUCGCCCAAUGAAGUUCUACUGGCAGGUCUUGACGACCCCAACGGCCGACACCCCCGGCACGUUCCUCAGUCUACAUUUCCCCGAAAAGAGAUACAUUUUUGGUCAGAUCUCAGAGGGAACGCAGCGAGCCUGUGUUCAGCGCGGUACAAAGCUUAGUGGACACCUGAGUCACCUCUUCAUUACUGGUCGGACGGAAUGGGCUAACAAUGGCGGACUGAUUGGCGUCAUCUUGACCGUUGCGGACGCAACUGCGGCGACCAAUGCAGCCUUGGAAGAUGUGGCGCGCGUAAAGAUUCAGCGCCGUGCCAAUGAGCACCCAACGCAGGAAGGAGCUGCCCACCCGCGCGACCCUACGAGUCAGAUCGAUGCAGCCGUCGAGAAAACGCAUUUGAAUAUUCAUGGAGCGACAAACCUCAUGCAUACCAUGGCCACGGCCCGGCGAUUUGUUUUCCGGAAGGGUAUGCCCGUGUAUAUGAACGAGUACAGCGCUAAGGAGAUUGAGAAGCAACUCCCUGUCGAUGCGGAAGACCCGUUCCAGGAGCCCACUUGGUGUGAUGAGAACAUCAAGGUCUGGAUCCUUCCAAUCAAGCCUACCAAAUCAAGGACACCUUCUCCAUCCCGACCUCAGAACCCCCGGAAGCGAAGCUUGGACGAGUUCCAAGAGGUUGUCGACCCGGAAACGCAACAAGCUCAAGAUAAUCUCCUUAGACAAUCGGUCGUCCAUGAUAUGUUUAACUCGACUUGGAAGAUGGACUCUCUCGUUGAGACUCCGUUGUCACAGGUGAAGAUGCCCGCGACAUUGUUCGUGCGAAACCCAGAAACCAAAGACUUGGAACAGUACAAGGGCCCGGCCCCCGGUGACAACAAGCCUCUUCCCAAUAUCAACGUACUCGUUCGGAAGCCUUGGCCGGGUGCGACUGUGGAGACUCUGCCGCCUACUACACCCUCCAAGGAGGCGCUGUGCUAUAUUGUGCGCAACUACGACGUUCGUGGCAAAUUCGACGUGAAGAAAGCCAAGGCUUGCAACGUUCCAAGCGGCCCUCAAUACGCUAAGUUGGCACGUGGAGAAAGCGUCACGUUGGACGACGGCACAAUUGUCACUUCAGACAUGGUGCUCGGCGCCCCGAGACUAGGUCAAGGAGUUGCUAUCAUGGAGGUUCCAUCUCCGGAUUAUCUCGAUGAUGUUGUUAGUCGGCGGGAGUGGAAGUCUCCCACGGUCAUGUCCGAGCUGAAAGUCUUCUUCUGGAUUCUUGGCCCAGGUGUUGGUGAAGACCCCAAGUUCCGCGGUUUUGUGGCUAGCAUGUCUCACUAUAAGCAUCUGGUGUCUGGCACUGACUACUGCCCGAAUUACCUGGCACUUGAAAGUUCCGCUGAAUCUGCUAUUCGGCUAAACCGCCUGAAUGGCGACAACUACUCGAUUCCUGUCCAUGACAACGGAAUUCUGCCCCAGCGUGGAAUUGCAGGCAGUCCUCCGCUGGGAACUAUCGACCACAGGAACCUUCCGUUCGAGCCGGUCAAGCCUGGCCUUAUCAUCGAUAUGGAGCCUAACUUCAAGCUGAACACUUCGGAACUUGUGCAGCCUGUCAACACUGCCAUGACUGUGCGUGUUCCUCGCGCAGUUGCGAAACGCCUAGAAACCAUCAAAAAGCGUGUCGUGAAGCCCGAGUUCAAGAAGAAAUAUGCUGAGUUCCGAGAAACUCUCCCUGGCGCGGACGCCGAGAUUAUUGCUCUAGGAACUGGCUCCUCUGCCCCGUCCAAGUAUCGCAAUGUCUCUGCGACCUUGCUUCAUGCCCCCGGAUAUGGUUACUAUCUUCUUGAUUGUGGUGAGGGCACUCUAGGUCAACUGAAGCGGGUUUUCGAACCCGAGCAGCUGCGGGAGGUGUUCCAGAAUCUGCGUAUGAUCUAUAUCAGCCACCUACAUGCUGAUCAUCACCUGGGUACUAUUUCUGUUAUUCGCGCUUGGUAUCAUGAAGUCUACGGCAUCGAUGCUAAACCAGCAGCGCACCCCGAGACCGAUCUUGCUAAGAUUCUCCAAGAGAAGCGGCUAUGUGUUGUCUCCGACGAGAUGAUGAUCACUUGGUUGGAGGAAUAUGCAUCCGUCGAGAACUUUGGCUUUGACAAAGUGCUACCUCUCUCCGCCCACCCUGAAGUCUCCGGCCAAACCAUCGCCACUAUAUUGAGCUACCGCUUCAAGCAAGAUGGCGGCCCGCCGUUCGGAGUUCCGAAGACCAACAAGAUACCCCUCAGUUUCCUUCGGGAAUCCGACCCUCUCACUCCGCUCCUUAAGUCCGCCACCGGUCUCAGCGACCUACUCAGUACAAGGGUGCGCCAUUGCCGCGGUGCUCUGGCUGCGUCUUUCGUCUUUCCAGAUGGGUUCAAGGUUUCCUACUCUGGCGACUGUCGUCCAUCAGACAAGUUCGCUUCCAUCGGUGCAGGCUCCACAGUCUUGAUCCACGAAGCCACCUUCUCAAACGACAUGGCCGGUUCCGCCCUCGCCAAGCGCCACUCAACCGCAUCCGAAGCCCUAGAAGUCGGCAAGCGCAUGAACGCCCGCUCCAUCCUCCUCACACACUUCAGCCAGCGCUACCAGAAAAUCGCACAGAUUGAGCAAGACUCUAAAUCAAACGGAAAGCUCCAGUAUUCCCCUUCACGCGCGGGUGCUAAGGCACAGGACAUCGAGAUCAAAGGUCUAGGUGCGGACCCAGAUAUCCCCCUCGAUGACGAGGGACCAGAGGAGGAGCCCUCCUCUUCCACGCAGUCCGGCUACGAACUCCUCGAUGACAUCACCUUCCCAGAACCAAAGCGACCCGGCCUCUCCACCAAGGGUUGCCGUGUCCCCGGCAAAGACUUCCCCGUCGCCGCCGCAAUGGACUACAUGCGUAUCAAAGUAGGCGACCUCAUCUACGCACAGGCCUACGCGCCCGCCCUAGAGAAAAUGAUCGACGUCAUGGAGCGCGGCGUCACCCGCGAAGCCGAUCUCCAGAAGAAGAAGCGCCAGCUGGAAGAGGAGACUCUCAAGGCGAAGAAAUACAAGAAGCACUCUAAGGAUAAGGCCGCAGAGGCUGCGGCGACUAUUGCGGCGCUGACGGCUAGCAUUGCUGCUGAUGAGGAUCCUGAGAGGAAGUCUGUUUGGAGUGCUAGUGAGAGUGAGAGUGGAUGGGAGACUAGUGAUGCUGAGUAG